AUGAAGAAGGGUCCCUUCACAUCUACGCUCGCACCCUAUCCACCAGGCGAUGUUGAACAGUUAAUGGGUCUAGCUCAAAAGUACAUAAAUGAGGAAGAGAUGAAUGCAAUGAAAGAUUCUGAGCGGAGAGAGCGCGAGCAGGUGUUUAGACGACCAUAUGAUACCACAGAAGAUGGAGGAAGUAAGCCAAAACAAGAAAAGCCCAGAGAGCCGAAAUACCAGCCCAAAUUCCAUUGCGAGAGGGGACACAACACGGAGGAAUGCUUCCAAUUGAAAGAUGAGAUAGAAAGGUUAGUAAGGCAAGGGUAUUUCCGCGAUCGGGUUCCCCCAAAUUGCAAGAUCAGUAAAGACGAGGCAAGGAGGAGCAGGUCGAGGAGUCGAGAUCGAAAUCCUUGUCCUUCAAGAGCUGACAAGGCCCCUAUGAACAAAAACAACGAGCCGACAAAAGGGGUAAUCUAUACCAUUGCAGGAGGAUCGAGUGUUGGGGAUUCAAGUAGAACGCGAAAGAGAUACGCCCGAACUUUAGGAUCAAGAAGAGAAAGAGAGUUUGUGUUGAAGGUCGAGGCGGAAGAAGCUAUCUCUUUCGACAGCUCAGACAAGCCGAGAGAAAGUGGAGACAUGAAUGACCCGAUGGUCGUUAGGUUGGACAUCGCGAAUUUUACUAUUCCUAAAAUGCUGAUCGAUAGUGGGAGCUCAGCCGAUAUCAUAUUCAAAAAUGUGGUUGAUAAGAUGGGGUUAGAGAAUGCUCACCUCGAGCCAGUAAAGACCCCUUUGGUAGGAUUCGAGGGAAGUGAAGUAGCAUCGCUGGGCACGAUCGAACUGCCAGUAUCAAUGGGUGAAGAGCCCAAGCGAAAGACGUUGAUGGUGAAAUUUUUUAUGGUGGAUACCCCAUUCGCGUACAAUGUGAUUUUGGGCAGACCAGGCUUAAAUUUGUUCAAAGUUGUCAUCUCCACCUAUCACAUGAAAAUGAAGUUCCCUACGGAGAAUGGGAUAGGAGAAGUAGCCAGCGACCUGGAGGCUCGUAAAUGUUACAACCUGUCGCUGGAGGGGGAACCUAAUCAGAAGAAGAGGAAAAUUAAGGAAGAUGCUGAACCUCGACCUUAUGAAGCAGAACAUUUAAAAUUCAGCAAUGAGUACAAGGUAGUGCAGCUCGUGCCAGAUGAGCCAGACAAAACUACCAGAAUAGGAGCGAACAUGAAGGACGGAGAGAUGGCCAUGAUUGAAUUUCUGAGGAGAAAUGUGGACAUGUUCGCUUGGAGGCCGUCAGACUUUACGGGGAUCGACCCUGAGGUGUGCACCGAUUGA